AUGGCAGCACGAUUCGUGGGGAACGCGGGCUGGCGUUUCGAAUUGGAAGGGACGUCUAUCAUAGUUCCUUGCGAAGGCCCUCCUUGGCAAGAUACCACCGCCGGCACGACCGUGAUCCCUGCUGGACUCGAGCAACGUGUCAACGGAAAUGGAGACCCGGACACAACCUCGGAAGAGAAUCGCCUGAAUAUCUGGGGCACGGUGCAACUUGCGAGGUCGGGACGUGUCUCUGACAAGCUCUUGUUCAAUUCUCUACGCGCGGACAAUGGCACAAUGUUUUCUCUAAAGCCGUCUCGACGCUCUGAAGUCACGCUUCAGCAAAUGCACGUGGGCCGCGGUACUAUAACGAAUAUGUUGGCAGCUGGAUCUUGUGCCGACGUUGGUCUGCAAGACCUGCUCUGCAACCUCAACCACAUCCUCCAAACCGAAUACUCUUUAGAGACCCCUGGUCUUGAAGGCUGCUUACAGCAUUUCGUACAGCAGUCAAAAGAUUUUGGCGAACUAUACGGCUUCCUGCGUCCUUGGUGGCACACCGAUUUCCGCGACGUCGUGCAAAAAAUAGCCGCUCGCGAAGACGAACUCGAGACAAUCCGCCGCGACGCUAUCCGCGGAUCCUCCAUCCAGAAUUCCAGAAUUCCUCCCCGUCGUGUAUGGGAUCUGCGUUCCAACCGUGUUCUCCGGCUUCACGCCCUUCCCCGAGAGGCAGGCUCCGACCCUGAAGAUAUACCAUCCAAGGUCUGGUGUGUCUCGCAUAGCUGGGUGGACGAGCAGGAUCGUAUCGACGUAUGGACGAAGAUUAAUGGAGAGCAAUGGCCUGUCCCUACCCCACGCAAGACGACCCUCGACCACGUUCGCAUAGAGCUACUCAACAUGGGCGCCGAGUCGACCCGGAUGACCGCCCAUCUUGCGACUAAGAGUGCCUCCUCUUCGUCUACAAUCUGUUCUCCAACUACUUCGCCAACAACCCAGUGCUCCGCGUCUUCUCUGUGA